UUUUCCAUUACUUUUGUCUUUUCGAAGAUGGUGCCGUAAAAGCCCAGGUUUGUUUUCGAUGUGAGCAAAGUAUGUUCCAAUGUGUUAACCGAACGGCCCAGUUUAUGCCACAUCUGAAGUCAGCAGGCAGCGCUUUUUACUUUAAACAACACUUUAGUCUAGUGCUAUCCUUACCUCCCAGAAUGAUUGACUCAGCUGUGAAGAGGGUGGUUAAUGAUAUAAUUCGCUCUCCAGAGGACAAACGGGUUUACAGAGCCCUGGAAUUUACCAAUGGCCUAAAAGCAAUGCUCAUCAGUGACCCAACAACAGAUAAAUCUUCAGCAGCUUUGGAUGUCCAUAUAGGUUCAUUAUCAGACCCACCAAACAUCUCUGGCCUGGCGCACUUUUGUGAGCACAUGCUGUUCCUGGGAACAGAGAAGUACCCCAAGGAGAAUGAGUACAGCCAGUUUCUCAGCGAGCACGCUGGGAGCUCCAACGCCUUUACGAGUGGAGAACAUACCAACUACUAUUUUGACGUGUCCCAUGAGCACUUACAAGGAGCACUCGACAGGUUUGCACAGUUCUUCCUGUGUCCAUUGUUUGAUGAGAGCUGUAAGGACAGAGAGGUGAAUGCUGUGGACUCUGAACAUGAGAAGAACCUGAUGAAUGAUGCCUGGAGGCUGUUUCAGCUGGAGAAGGCUACUGGCAACCCCAGCCACCCUUUCAGUAAAUUUGGAACAGGUAACAAAUUGACUCUUGAGACGAGACCAUCUAAAGAUGGGAUUGAUGUCCGUGAGGAGCUGCUGAAAUUUCACUCCACAUUCUACUCCUCUAACCUCAUGGGACUCUGUGUGUUAGGAAGAGAAUCACUAGAUGAUUUGACUUCCAUGGUGGUUGAACUAUUUGGGGAAGUUGAGAAUAAGAACGUGCCUGUCCCGGAAUUUCCUGAGCAUCCGUUUCAAGAAGAAUACCUUAAACAAUUCUACAAAGUGGUCCCUAUUAAAGACAUCAGGAAUCUGUAUGUGACUUUUCCAAUCCUGGACCUGCAGAAGUACUACAAAUCAAACCCGGGACAUUAUCUUGGGCAUCUUAUUGGUCAUGAAGGACCUGGAAGUUUGUUGUCAGAGCUAAAAGCUAAAGGCUGGGUGAACACGCUUGUUGGAGGACAGAAAGAGGGAGCCAAAGGAUUUAUGUUCUUUAUCAUCAAUGUUGACUUGACUGAGGAAGGCCUCUUGCAUAUUGAGGACAUCAUCUUCCACAUGUUCCAGUACAUCCAGAAAUUGCGAACUGAGGGCCCUCAGGAGUGGGUGUUUGAAGAGUGCAAGGAUUUGAACAAAGUGGCAUUUAGGUUUAAGGACAAGGAGCGACCUCGUGGCUAUACUUCCAAUGUGGCUCGUUUACUACACUAUUACCCUCUUGAGGAGGUUCUAGCAGCAGAGUACCUUUUGGAGGACUUCAGGCCGGACCUAAUAGAGAUGGUGUUGGAUAAAUUGAGACCAGAACAUGUCAGAGUUGCAGUGGUGUCAAAGUCAUUUGAAGGGCAAACUGACAAGAUAGAAGAGUGGUAUGGUACUCAGUAUAAACAAGAGGCCAUUUCUGAGGAGACCAUCAAGAAAUGGGCCAAUGCAGACCUGAAUGGCAAGUUCAAAUUACCUAUGAAGAACGAAUUUAUCCCUACCAACUUUGAAAUCUACCCUCUUGAGAAAGAGUCUUUGCCUGUACCCACUUUAAUCAAGGAUACCGCCAUGAGCAAAGUGUGGUUCAAGCAGGAUGACAAGUUCUUCCUACCCAAAGCCUGCCUAAACUUUGAAUUUUUCAGCCCCUUUGCAUAUGUGGACCCCUUGCAUUGUAACAUGGCAUAUUUAUACCUGGAGCUCCUCAAGGACUCCCUCAACGAGUAUGCAUAUGCAGCCGAGCUAGCUGGCUUGAACUAUGACCUCCAAAAUACUGUCUAUGGGAUGUAUCUCUCCGUUAAAGGUUACAAUGACAAACAACACAUUCUGCUGAAGAAGAUCAUUGAGAAGAUGGCUGCCUUUGAGAUCGAUGAGAAGAGGUUUGACAUUAUCAAAGAAGCGUACAUGAGGUCGUUAAAUAACUUCAGAGCUGAGCAGCCUCACCAGCAUGCUAUGUACUACCUCCGUUUACUAAUGACUGAGGUUGCCUGGACCAAAGAUGACCUCAGAGACGCUCUGGAUGAUGUAACUCUCCCGCGCCUCAAGUCCUUCAUACCUCAGCUACUGUCACGGUUACAUAUCGAAGCCCUUGUACAUGGAAAUAUCACCAAAGAGUCUGCACUUGGCAUGAUACAGAUGGUUGAAGAUACACUCAUUGAGCAUGCUCACACAAAGCCCCUCCUCCCAAGCCAGCUGAUUCGUUACAGAGAGGUGCAGGUUCCAGACGGUGGCUGGUAUGUUUACCAGCAGAGGAAUGAGGUGCACAAUAACUGUGGCAUUGAGAUCUACUACCAGACAGACAUGCAGAGCACCCACGAGAACAUGCUGCUGGAGCUGUUCUGUCAGAUCAUCUCUGAGCCCUGCUUCAACACUCUGCGAACCAAAGAGCAACUGGGCUACAUUGUGUUCAGUGGACCGCGGCGAGCUAAUGGAGUUCAAGGCCUCCGCUUCAUCAUCCAGUCGGAGAAGGCUCCCCACUACCUAGAGAGCCGCGUGGAGGCUUUUCUCUGGACUAUGGAGAAGUCAGUGGAGGAGAUGAGUGAGGAAGCCUUCCAGAAACACAUCCAGGCACUGGCCAUCCGCCGCCUGGACAAGCCCAAGAAGCUGUCUGCCGAGUGUGCCAAGCACUGGGGGGAGAUCAUCUCCCAGCAGUAUAACUUUGACAGAGAUAAUAUUGAGGUGGCCCAUCUGAAGACUUUGACAAAAGAAUACAUAAUACAGUUCUGCAAAGAACGAUUGAUGGUGGGUGCUGCAAAGAGGCACAAGGUCUCUGUGCAUGUCCUGUCCAGAGAGAUGGACUCCUGUCCACUGGUGGGAGAAUUUCCCACUCAGAAUGAUAUCAACCUGGCCCCUGCUCCUUCUCUGCCACAGCCCACGCUGGUUCAGGACAUGACGGAGUUCAAGAGGAGUCUUCCUCUCUUCCCAUUGGUUAAGCCUCACAUCAACUUCAUGGCUGCCAAACUUUGAGCGAGCUCUGCCGGACGGCACACAGCAGCACACCAGGACUCCCGCUGUGUUAACUCCUCCCCCUUCCUGAUGUCAGGAAGACAUACGUGUGACUCAGCCUGCGUCUGUGUGUGUGUGUGUGUGUGUGAGAGAGUGUAGAUAUGUGUGUGUUGCAGGCUGUAACCACUAGAAGAAAACAAGUGUGUUUUAAUCAGAAUUGUAGCUGUGGUCGUCCACGUACAGUAGCUGUGAUGACGCAGGAGGUCACAACAGACUUGGCAUGAUUGUGUGACAUGCGCCACAGUGCUGUGCACAUUUGUAGAGGAACUAGUCCAACAAAUAAACAAAGAGGGUCAGAUCCCUUUAAACCACUUAAGUAGCGUCUCAGCAGGAAGCGCCGCUUUGAGGCGGAGCCUCAGAGGUUCUGUUGCACAAACGCGGCCGUGCGACGUGUUUUAUGACUGAUGCAUUUCUGUAAUUAUUUUUAGUCCUGGCAGGUUUUGAACUGUUUGCGUAAUUUGGUAAAAUGUUUGGGCUGUGUGAGGCUCCGUCUGUAAGAAUCUCCAUCAGUUUGACAUUCUGUCGGUGUUUCACAGUAAUUCAGACAUCUCAGGGCAACGCUUCAUUACGACUGACUUAUUGUUUUAGUGGUUUUUAAAAAAAUUGCUUCAUCCACACUUCAUCACUAAAUGUGAUGUAAUCCUUAUUUUGGUUAUUUGUGACUUGUAUUUCCUUAUAUUUUUUCCUCUUUCCCUGAGGCUGUCACCGUGCAUGAGAGUUCUUGCAGCUUGUACCUUUGCACCAGGCAUCACUUUGCAUCUGCUGGACAACAGAAAAAUUAAUAAUAAUGAUAGGAGGAGAUUCUGUGUGUCUAUAACAGCACAGACGUCUAAGAAGCCUUUUGAUUGCCGAUGUCAUACGUUUCAUGUUGCUGUCAGUGUCGGAAAAAAAGCUCCAGUGUGGAUCUGAGCACUUCUCCCACGAAGCAAUAAAGCGACGAAAUAGAUGUCACUCUGCGCACUAGGCAGCUCCGGAGUGACCCGGAGCCCACUGUGCAUGUGUGACCCACUCUCUCAGGUGCUAUCCAGCUCUGCUGUAGAAAAACUACAACACUGUUCAGCGAGGCCCCAAAACAGCCAGACUGACCAUGAAGAAGAAGAAAAAUCUAAAAGCUCUCAGUACUUUUAAGUUAAUUAAGAUUACUGAUGUCUGAUUAAAAUAAUUUAAAAAACAAAGCCUUGCAAAUUAAGAACAGUUACUCUGGACCCAGGCUGUGUUCACAUCUCUGAAUGGAAAACGGAACUGACAUUUAAUGAGCACAGCUGCGAUUUCAGCCGCUGGAUACAAACAAACACCUCGUGUGCUUGUUCAUUGUUGUCACACAAACUCCAAAAGAACGUCCAAGUCACGUUUGUUUUUAUCAAAACACAGUAACUGCUGUGUCAGCAUGACUUUCCCUUCCUUCAUUGGAUGAACUUUGGAACCAAAAAAGUUGCAUGUGUCACAAAUGUGUUGCGCUGGACAUGCGCGGCUCACAACAGUCGCGCGCGUGUCAGUGACUAUUUACACAGAGCUGCUAAUGACUUUUAUUCCAAAUGCUAUCUUCUGUCUUAUGGUGCAGUUUUUUUCAGUGUGUGCAGCGAGUUUAGCUCCCGUCAACCCCUCUGUGAAAGUGCACCUCAUUUGUCAACAGUUUUAUAAUAUAUAAACUUAAAAAUAUAUAGACCAUCAUAGUUUGUUUUGGCAGAUUAUUUUUAUAAUCCACAUCCUGUGGGUCACAGAGCUCUGUGUGGGUUUGCAAAGUUUAUUUUUUUUUAACCCGAGUUCUUUCCCAGUUAAAAGGUGAUAAUUAUUUGAUGUUACCAGUAUGAUGUAUGAAAAUUACAUUACAUAUCAUUUUAGCUGCGUGCUACCUGUG